AGAAGAAGAAGAAUUUAGAAAAAAACCUUAAUUAGAACCAAAACUCUUGUAUUUUAAUAGUAUUUAUUAUUUUAUGACCAAAACAUUAUAGAUUUACCAUAACAUUACUAAAUUUUUAAUAUCAAAAGUGAUUUUAAAUCCAUUUUGAUGGAUAUCGGGGAGUUACUGGACUAUAAACCUCCUCAAGCCUUAAAACGGCCAGCAGAUUCCGACGAUAAACAAGAUGAUGUCGAAAAAGCUAAAAAAAUGCGAAAAAUUGCCAGAGCUAAAGCCGAUCAAAUGGCCAGACCUCCAUCACCAACACCAUCACUUCAAACACUAGACCAAAUCACUGAAGAAGAAAGAGCGGAAAUAUUAAAAUACGUUGAAACAGAGCAGACACAAGGAGAAGUAGUAGAUGCCACUACUAUCAAAAAAAUUAUUCUUAAUUUUGAAAAAAGAUCGUUAAAGAAUCGAGAGAUGAGAAUUAAAUUCCCUGAUUCGCCAGAGAAGUUUAUGGAGAGUGAAAUUGAACUUCAUGAGAUCCUUCAGGAGAUGCGUGUAUUAUCCACAGCUCCAGAUUACUAUCCGUUACUGGUGAAAUUGCAAGUUAUUCCCAGUCUGUUAGAAUUACUCUCACAUGAUAAUACUGAUGUUGCAGUAGCAACUGUAGAAUUGCUUCAAGAGCUUACCGAUGUUGAUAUUCUUAAUGAAUCUGAAGAAGGCGCUGAUGCAUUAAUUCAGUCUCUUUUAGAUCAACAAGUUAUCGCAUUAUUAGUUCAGAAUCUUGAUAGAUUGGAUGAAACUGUAAAGGAGGAAGCAGAUGGUGUUCACAAUACACUCUCUAUUAUAGAAAAUCUUACUGAACUUCGUUCAGAAAUAACCACCGAAGCUGGGAAGCAAGGUUUGUUAACUUGGAUAUUGAAAAGGCUUAGAUUGAAAGCUCCCUUUGACCAAAAUAAGUUAUAUGCAAGUGAGAUGCUGUCAAUUAUACUACAAGAUAAUGAAAAAAAUAGAUUAAUGCUUGGAGAAGUUGAUGGAAUUGACACACUGUUACAACAACUUGCAUUUUAUAAAAGACAUGAUCCAGCCACUGCAGAAGAACAUGAAUAUAUGGAAAAUUUAUUUAAUUGUUUGUGUAGUUCAUUAAUGGUUGUACCAAACAGAGACAGAUUUUUGAAAGGUGAAGGCCUUCAACUGAUGAAUCUGAUGUUAAGAGAAAAGAAAAUAUCAAGGAAUGGAUCGCUGAAAGUGUUAGAUUAUGCCAUGGCUGGCCUUCAUGGAAAAGAUAAUUGUAAUAAGUUUGUAGACAUUCUUGGAUUAAGAACUAUAUUUCCGUUGUUCAUGAAAACUCCUAAGAAAAAUCGUAGAAAAGUUUUAUCAACUGAGGAGCAUGAAGAACAUGUUUGUUCUAUUAUUGCCUCUAUGUUAAGAAAUUGUCGUGGUUCCCAGAGACAGCGCUUGAUAAGCAAAUUCACCGAAAACGAUCAUGAAAAAGUCGACCGACUUCUCGAGUUACAUUUCAAGUAUUUGGAAAAAGUUGAAAGCAUAGAUGAAACUUUGGACGACCGGGAAGAAAAUGAGGACACAAACUAUUUAAAAAGGCUGGAGGGAGGUCUUUUCACAUUGCAAUUAAUUGAUUAUAUUAUCGUUGAAGUUUGUGCUGCAGGACCUGCAACCAUAAAACAAAGAGUCAUGCAGAUACUGAAUAUGAGAGGUGCAUCUCUAAAAACAAUCAGGCAUGUAAUGAGGGAAUACGCCGGUAAUUUAGGUGAAGAAGGAGACAAGGAGUGGCGGGAUCAAGAACAGCAACACAUUUUACAUCUUGUCGAUAAAUUUUAAUUUAGAAUUAUUAUUUUUAAGAGAUAUGUAUGUUUAUGAAUAUUCAAAUAUAUUUUUCCCAUGGAA